GCUGCCCACCACCCACCCAGCCCCUCAGUGCCUGGCCUCAGGCAGGCUCCCCUCCCCGGGCAGCGGCCGCCAUGUUCUCAUGCCUGACAACCUAUGAGGGCCAGAGCUACUCGUCCCUGAAGCGAACCUGCCUGCGCAAGAAGGUGCUCUUUGAGGACCCCCACUUCCCGGCCACAGAUGACUCGCUCUAUUACGACAGCGCCCCCAGGCCCAGCGUCAAGUGGAAGAGACCCAAGGACAUCUGCGAGGACCCCCGCCUCUUUGUGGAUGGCAUCAGCUCCCACGACCUGCACCAGGGCCAGGUGGGCAACUGCUGGUUUGUGGCGGCCUGCUCAUCGCUCGCCUCCCGCGAGUCCCUGUGGCAGAAGGUCAUCCCAGACUGGAAGGAGCAGGAGUGGGACCCCGAGAAGCCUGAGGCCUACGCAGGCAUCUUCCACUUCCAGUUUUGGCGCUUCGGGGAGUGGAUAGAUGUGGUCAUCGAUGACCAGCUGCCCACGGUCAACAACCAGCUCAUCUACUGCCACUCCAACUCCCGCAAUGAGUUCUGGUGUGCUCUGGUGGAGAAGGCCUAUGCCAAGCUGGCGGGCUGCUACCAAGCUCUGGACGGAGGCAACACUGCGGACGCCCUGGUAGACUUCACAGGGGGCGUUUCUGAGCCCAUCGACCUGACCGAGGGGGACCUGGCCACUGACGAGGCCAAGAGGAACCAGCUCUUUGAGCGUGUGCUGAAGGUGCACAGCCGGGGGGGCCUCAUCAGUGCCUCCAUCAAGGCAGUGACAGCGGCUGACAUGGAGGCCCGCCUGGCCUGCGGCCUGGUGAAGGGCCACGCGUAUGCCAUCACCGACGUGCGCAAGGUUCGCCUGGGCCACGGCCUGCUGGCCUUCUUCAAGUCGGAGAAGCUGGACAUGAUCCGCCUGCGUAACCCGUGGGGCGAGAGGGAGUGGACCGGGCCCUGGAGUGACACCUCCGAGGAGUGGCAGAAAGUGAGCAAGAGCGAGCGGGAGAAGAUGGGUGUGACCGUGCAGGACGACGGCGAGUUCUGGAUGACCUUCGAGGACAUGUGCCGGUAUUUCACCGACAUCAUCAAGUGCCGCCUGAUCAACACGUCGUACCUGAGCAUCCACAAGACGUGGGAGGAGGUGCAGCUGCGGGGCGCCUGGACGCAGCACGAGGACCCUCAGCUGAACCGCAGCGGGGGCUGCAUCAACCACAAGGACACCUUCUUCCAGAACCCACAGUACGUCUUUGACGUCAAGAAGCCCGAGGAUGAGGUGCUGAUCUGCAUCCAGCAGCAGCCGAAGCGGUCCACCCGCCGGGAGGGCAAGGGCGAGAACCUGGCCAUCGGCUUCGACAUCUACAAGGUGGAGGAGAAUCGCCAGUACCGGAUGCACAGCCUGCAGCACAAGGCCGCCAGCUCCAUCUACAUCAACUCGCGCAGCGUCUUCCUGCGCACUGACCAGCCCGAGGGCCACUACGUCAUCAUUCCCACCACCUUCGACCCUGGCCACACGGGCGAGUUCCUGCUCCGGGUCUUCACUGAUGUGCCCGCCAACUGCCGGGAGCUGUGCCUGGACGCCCCGCCCCACUCCUGCUGGAGCUCCCUGUGCGGCUACCCCCAGCUGGUGACCCAGGUGCACGUCCUGGGGGCUGCUGGCCUGAAGAACUCCCCGACAGGGGCGAACUCUUAUGUAAUCAUCAAAUGCGAGGGGGCCAAGGUCCAAUCGGCUGUGCAGAAAGGCACCUCGACGCCCGAGUAUGACGUGAAGGGUGUCUUCUACCGCAAGAAGCCGGGCCAGCCCGUCACCGUCCAGAUCUGGAAUCACCGAGCCCUGAAGGAUGAGUUUCUGGGCCAGGUGCACCUGAAGGCCGACCCCGAAGACCUGCAGGCCUUGCACACCCUCCACCUCCGAGACCGCAGCAGCCACCAGCCCAGUGACCUGCCUGGCACCAUUGCGGUGCGUGUGCUCAGCAGUGCCUCGCUCACGGCCAUCUGAGAACCGCCGCUGCCCGCCCACCUGCUGCAUGUCCCCCGAGGCUAGUGACUAGCCGGGGCGCCCAGGCCCUGGCUCCCCCUUUGACUUACCGUGUGAUGUGGGGAGGGCCCUGCCUUCCUCCCUCCCUCCCGCGGGAUUCAUGGAGGGCCUUCCGGCCUGAGAUUUAAAUGGUCCUCACCACCCCCAACCGGCCCCUCUGCUAAGGGGCUGCAUCCAUGGAGAGCAUCUUCCCGUGCCCUGCUGUCUGCCGACAGAGUGCCAAGACGUCACUUGUUUACACACAAACUGCCACGUCCCCGAGCCCCACUCUGGCCCCUGGUGCCUGGGCCUACCCCGGUCUCCCACCUCCACUGUUUUCUAGCCUCUUGGAAAGGGCUCUUGGCAGUGGCUGGGUGGCUGCUGCCACCCCCACACCCCACCCCCCCUGCUGGGAUUCGCGUGAGGGUGAUGUCGUUUUCAUGCUCUGAACCUCCGUGCCCAACCGCCCACUGAUUCAGUCCACAGAGCUUUGCCAAAGGAAUAAAUGAUGCCAUGAGGAAGCCCCAACGUGGUGCUGGCUCCCAGCCUCGGGUGACACCCCCACACACACUAGAGGUGGUGGCAGUGGAGUGAGGACCGAUGCCCGAGAGACACGUGGUUUCCUGGGGAGGGGCCAGGACCAUGGAGGAUGGGGGGGACCCAAGGCGGGACGUGCUCCCAUGGUCCCGUGUGCUGAGACCCAGGCUUUUCUUGGGCAAGGGGACUCUCAGGUGGGUGUUCUCAGGCCAUCCAGGAUCACGUGACUGUAGACCCCUCAGCCAACAUUCCCCCUACACCCAGCCACAGAGGCUGUAAUGUCCCUCGCCACCCCCACCCCCCGUCCCCGCUGCCUGAACCAAAGGGUUCCUUUCGGUUCUGAACAUUUUCUAUCCUGUCCAUUUAAAAAAUCUCAAUUUCAGCCAGGGGUUUUUCAGGGAAAACUAAAAGCCUGAACCCUUUUCCUGUCCUUGAAUUCCCACCUUCUGGCCCUCUGGUUGCAGGGAGGGGCCGGGGGCAGUCCUGCCCUCAGAGCAGGUCUGGCGAUGGCCCGAGGAGGUGUGUUCUGGGGACUUGUGUACUUGGCCAGCAGCUCCUGGUGUUUCCUCGCUGACAGGGGAGCCCUGCGUGGCCUCGGCCCAUGGCAGGUACAGCCAAUGAGAAAGUCCACUGGCUCCCAGCACGCCCUCUUGUGGUCUUGCCCAGCAAGUCCUUUGGGGACUCAUGUUUUUCACCCCUGGGUCUCGUGGGAGGUCCAGCAUGCUGCCUGGACAGGCUGGUUACUCUGACUGGGUCUCCUCACUCCGUGGUCAGCUCUGGGCCUCGCCAGGGGCCAGGAACUAAAAGCCAAGAGGCAGAUUCCUUCUUGAGACCCAGGGCUUCACCCAGAACCAGAGCUCAAAGCCAGCCCUCUGAGCGUGACCUCCUGUGCCUCAGUUUCCCCCUUCUGCAAAGUGGGGCCAAGGAUUCUUGCUUAUCAAGCACUCUUACAAGUGGCAAAACACUACCCCUCUCUCUGUGUAUCUCCGUGCGUGCACAUGCUGUACAUGCAUCUAGGAACGCUCCGUUGCUCACUGUUUGACACGAGGGCUCUGCAGAGAGGACAGGGCAUGGGGGAGUGAGGCCAAUGAAAGCAGCCCGGGGCCUUUGGGGAUGGAGCUGGGGUCUUGGUGAGCUGGGGCCACUAGGACCAAUUGGCAGAGCUGUGUGGGCUUCCACCUAAUGGCUGGGCCCUGUCCGCUCCCCAGUCAGUUCUGCAGCCUUGCCCUUGCUUCCUGCCCCCUGAUGACCAGGCUGGAACUGGAGGGUGGCCGGGGAGCACCACUGCUAUUUGCCUGAUAUACCUGUACCCUCCAGCUCAUGGGACCAACAGUCCCCACUCCACCUUGUUCUGUUCUCAGAAUAAAUGUUACCGCAACCAUA